AUGAAAGACGAGCUGCACAGUCUUCUCCCCAUGCUAAGGAAGUCCAGACUCGUCGCGUUGAAAUUCCUCAACUCCUCCGCAGGCUACUUCCUCCUUAUCCUGCUAGCCUACCUCUUCGGCUACUUCUCCGCUUCCUCCUCCGGCCACGGUGGCUCUCCACGUCAACCGUCGUUGGUAUCUCCACUACCACCCGCCGGCGCUGCAGCAGGGGAGUUCUUUCCACAACCCAGAAUGGCCGACACCAGCGAAAUUAGGACUACUCCUACUAUUACUGCUAGCACGAUGAUCAAGGAAUUCCGGGUCACCACUCGCUGCGCCGGCCGGGUCCCACCGGAAGCCGUCCGGCAGAUAGUUCUGGACCGAGUGUACGACGGGACGUCGCCGUUCCAAGGCUUCCCGCCGCCGCACGUGUCGGGCCUCCUCCGGAAGAAGACGAUCCGAGGGUGGGGAUCGUACGGCGCCGUAUUCGCGAACCUGAUCCGGAAAGUGAGGCCCCGGGUGAUCGUCGAGGUGGGGACCUUUCUGGGGGCGUCGUCGAUCCACAUGGCCGAGCUGACUCGGAGACUCGGGCUGGACGCGGUCAUCCUCUGCGUGGACGACUUCCGGGGCUGGCCCGGGUUUCGCGGCGACAAGUUCGGGUUCGUGAGGUACGUGAACGGCGACGUCAUGCUGCUGUACCAGUUCAUGCAGAACGCGGUGUACAGCAACGCCACCGGGUCGGUCCUGCCCGUCCCGUUUUCUUCCGGGUCGGCGCUCCAGAAGCUGUGCGAGUGGGGGGUGCAGGCGGAUCUCAUCGAGGUGGAUGCGGGCCAUGAUUUCAACUCCGCGUGGGCCGAUGUCAACCGGGCCUACCGGAUCUUGCGACCCGGCGGGGUCAUUUUCGGCCACGAUUAUUUUACCGUGGCGGAUAACAGAGGGGUGUGGAGGGCCGUAAAUCUGUUUGCUAAACUCAAUCGACUUCAAGUCCGAACGGAUGGCCAACAUUGGGUCAUUGACUCAUGA